CGCCGACUUGCUCAUGUUGGUUCUCAGCUUCAACUCUAACCUUCAUGCAGCGCCAAACGAAUGGGACUUGGCCGUCUAACGGACCUCAGGAUCAUUCCUGACCAAAGAUCAUAACAUGCUUGCCCAAUAGGAUGUCCCCGAUGAUCCAAGCGCGCGCCUCUUUGCAUGCUAUUGCGGGAUCGCACCACCUGAAACUGCUUCGCCGCACUCAACCCUUCGAAUUGUCCAACAUGCCAGAGAGGAACACUUUCGUGGAAAGAGGAACCCCCACAUGAAAACCAUUCGCUCCAAAGAUGAGCAUCAAAAGGAAGGCUCACGGCGAAUCCGGGCCAGAGCCUAUUUCUAAGUUUCGCCGGGUAGAUUCGCAUUCUCCCCCUUUGCCCGCCAGCCCACAGCCUCUUUGGGAAGGCGGAAGCUCAAACCAAGUUAUAUCUGGUCCCCAGGGACGAAUUCCAGAAGAUCAGUCCUCAAUCGCACUUAUCGAAGACCCAGGCGCCGGAGACUUGGCUGCCGCCGCGUCUGGCCAAGCAUCCCAGCGAUUUCCUUUGACGAAGGAAAAUCUCCAUCGCCUAGCAAUGUCAACAAACUCCAAAGGACCAAGAACUGCGAGUGCCCAGAGCCUUAGGUCUGGGAAUUCAGGUGAGACGUCCAGGAGCAUUUCCACGACAAGCGAAGGGUUCGAGAAUAGAGCUCUUCAGAAUGGCGUACUUGACGCUGUACGAUCCGGGAAACAAGCAGUGGUGGAUACGGAUUUGAAGAAGAAACUGCUCGCAUCCCGGGGUUCCGCGUCGCCGACUCAAUCUCAGUAUAACAAAUUUCCAGAUCGGAUCGUCGAAGCGUCAAACGAGCAAGGCACCAUUGCAGUAUACUCCAAAUACAUAUUUCAGGAUACCGAGGACUCUCAUUUUGACAUCGGAUACCGCAGAAAAGAAGACAAGAUGUGGACCGAGUUUCCCAAGAACGUUGGUUUCAACAAUGGCCUUUCGGAUCCUAAGCCUGAUAUGAUCGAAGGCUUCGCGAGAGACACUUUCCCCCCAACAAUUGAGCAUAUCAAGUCGUCAAAGCUUGUCAGGGAUGAACCAAAAUAUGUCGCACUGCCCCAUAUGGCUGUGGAGUACAAGGCUCGGGAGAAAAGCCUGCACGAGGCUAAGGUCCAGGCAGGCUACGACGGAGCUGCUAUGGUCUAUGGCAGAAAUGAAGCUCUGGAGCUAAUUGGAAAGGUUGACCCCCCUCGACGACCUGCGGUGGUGACUGCCACGACGACUGGCCAGGAAUGGAGUGUGUACGCCCACUACUCCCACCCCGAUGAGACCGGCAAGGCGGAGUACUACCAAUGCCGCAUGGCUGGUGGAUCGAUGGAAAACCUCAACGAGUUCAAGCAAGGCCGCAAGAUUCUGAGGAAUAUGCAGGACUUCGCACGCGAACAGGCUUCGGACUUGCGGGACAGCUUACACAAGCACUAUAACGAGAACGGCUCCCCUGCACGCAGCCAACAUCCUAAUACCAAGAACGGUGCAAAUUCCGUGGCCUCCAAAACGCCGUCAGUCGCCUCUAACGGGAGCGGGAGACAGCAGGGCCAAGUGACGCCGAAGUCAGCCUCCAGCCAUGGCUCUUCGACAUCCGCUCCUCGGAAUCCCAAUAUCGGGCCGGGUGGUCAAACUGGCCCUAAAGUAUUGCAGCAGCAAUCGUCAGGAGAUCCCAAAGACGGGUCAAAUAAAUCAAAAUCACAUCGGUCACCACACACAAUCGACCAUAUGAUGCGGCCACCAGCAACGGCAGCAACUACCAGUCCUGCCAGUGGGGGCCGUGGUGUGACAGGAUCACGACACGCACAUCAGGAUAUGGACAUACCAAGUAAACUUGAUCAAAGUCCCUCUGGACCCAGUGCAAGCCAUUCGCCAGCGGCCCAGCUCUCGUCCAUCCCACAGGCAACCACCAGAGCAAAGACACCGAUCCAGGGACCCUCGUCUUCUGCUUCGUCCUCAUGCUCAGGGGGAUCUCGUCAAUCCACAUCGUCCGCAGAAGCUCGCCGUCACCGUACCCGUGAUGAAGAAGAACAGAAGGACCUAUUGAGAAGGCGAUCGGACAGUCCCGAUAAAAAUCGACCGGCACGGCCACAGGACGGCAAGACCAACAUCCCCCCAAAGAAGGGCUCUCUGUUUGGUAGAUUUGGAACGGGGAAGAAGAGAGACGAAAACCUUGGUAAUGAUUGAGACUUGGAACAUGAAAGACCUGCGUAGGCAAACAGAACGGUUUUAGCUCGUUUAGAGUAACAUAGUCAUCACUGGCAGCGAAAUUU